AUGGAUCUCAGUGAAUUACAAAAUGCGACUACGCGCUUCAUUGCGGACGCCAGUGCGCAGUUCAAUCGCAUUCCAGGCUCCGCCAUUGCUGUCCGGUACAUCAAGUCCAGUUACCGCAACGACCCCGUUCGCAGCGCUGUCGAGUUGUUCCUGUUCCUCUUCGCGGUCCGAUACUUGCUUGCACCUAAAUACAGUACUCAGAAAAAAGUGCAACUGACGGAUGCGGAGAUUGAUGAGCUGGUCGACGAUUGGACGCCAGAACCGCUUGUCGCGCCUACAACCGCGCUCGAAGAACUGGAAAAUGAGAAGCGACCCGUCAUUGUUGGACCGACGGGCCCCAAGUCCAAGCUCUCCAACGGCCGCACCGUGACGAACCUCGCCUCGUACAACUUUUACAACUUUCUCUCCAACGAUACCCUCAAAGACAAAGCGAUUCAGACACUGCGGACCUACGGUGUUGGUCCCUGCGGUCCACCAGGUUUCUACGGUACGCAGGAUGUGCACAUGAAGACUGAAGCCGACGUGGCUGCGCAUCUCGGUGUGCCUGCUUGCAUUAUCUACGCCCAAUCCUUCUCAACCAUCAGCAGUGUCAUUCCUAGUUUCAGCAAAAGAGGUGAUAUUAUUGUCGCAGACCGUGCUCUCAACUUCGCAGCGAGGAAGGGUAUACAGAUCAGUAGGAGUACUGUUAGAUGGUUCGAACACAACGACAUGGAUGACUUGGAGGCCGUGCUUAAGAAGGUUGUCAAGGAGCAAGCAAAGAAGCCACUGACUAGGCGAUUCAUCAUUACCGAGGGUUUAUUCGAGAACAUUGGAGAUGUCGUGAACCUCCCCAAGCUGAUUGAGCUCAAACUCAAGUACAAAUUCCGCCUCAUCCUCGACGAAACCUGGUCUUACGGAGUCCUUGGUCGCACCGGCGGCGGCGUAACCGAAGCACAAAAUGUGGAUGCUGCAGAGGUAGACAUGAUCAUCGGUUCUCUCUCGGGACCUCUUUGUGCAGCAGGAGGUUUCUGCGCCGGCAACGAAGAGGUUGUCGAGCACCAACGCAUUUCUUCGGCCUCAUACACCUACUCUGCUGCCCUCCCCGCGUUGCUCAGUACUACAGCCAGCGAGACAAUCAGCAUGCUACAAGAACAACCGGAUAUUCUGACUGGACUUCGGGAAAACAUCAAGGCGAUGAGAGGGCAAUUAGAUCCCAGAAGUGAUUGGGUUCGAUGCAGCAGUUCUGUGGAAAACCCAAUGAUGCUGCUUGUUCUCAAAGAGGAGGUUAUUGAGGCUAAGAAACUGAGCAUUGACGACCAAAAUCAGAUCUUCAGGGAAGUUGUUGACGAGUGUCUCGCAAACGGUGUCCUCAUUACAAGGCUCAAAUCCUUCCCUCUCGGCAUUGGACUCAACCCCAAAGAUGCAGGAUGGCAGCCUACUCCUGCGCUCAAGGUCUGUGUUACAAGCGGGCUGACAAAGAAAGAGACGGAGAAGGCUGGAACGAUUAUCCGACACGCCAUUACGAAGAUUGUCAGUCGACGAAAGUAA